UGAUCGAUUUUUUAAAGAUGAUACUUUAAAUAAUUCAAUUCCUUUUAUUUUAUCUGAAUCAUCUUGGAAAGAAAUUGACAUAGAAAUGGAAAAUAAUAAAAAGAGUAUGCCAUUAGAUUUUGGAAGACUACCACAUAACAUUUGGAAAAAUAAUGCUAAAUGUAAAGAAGAAGAAUAA